CCGAGCUUUAUCGCUAGAAUCGAAAAUGCGACGGCUUGCAGUACACAUUGCCAUUCUCUACCUGUUUCAAUGGGAAAUAGGAGCGGUGCAGAAUAAAAUCAACGAACUGAAGUCCUGGCUCGACCAGAACGUUAAAGGGCGCCAGGACUCGGACACGAUUGACACACUUAUAAUGCUGUGCGUCAUAGAAAUGAAAAAAGCAAAGAAGCUCCCAGCUAAGAUCGCCAACUUUCGGAUAGCCAACAAGAACACUGUGCAAAACUACAUAAUCCUCCCGACCAUUAAAAUUCCAAACAUUACCAUCAUCUUUGCGGAUGAAAAGUUGCCUCUAUCAGCGCGAUCGAGAAAACAAAAUAUAGAAGAGAAACUAGAUAAACUAAUUGGAUUUCUUAAAGACUGCAUAACAAAGAAAAUAAACCUACUGGAUAUCUUAGAGGAAUAAAAAAGCUAGUGGUGCA